AUGAUGGCAUCUGCACCGCUCAUGCAAGUCGCCGGCUUCUCCUACGCUCCCAUUGACGAGAGCCGUAACGAGAUUCGGGUGCUCAGCUUGCAGACAAUCGAACGACCACCGCUUGCAAACCUCCGCGACGAGCCACCAGAAUGGCAUGGGCUUGUUCACUGCACCAUUGAACAUGUGUCACUCGAUGCGCACCUUCCAGACUACCGGCAAUGGGAGUCCAAGGCGCAGCCGCUGUCCCGGCGCAACAGCGACGAGCGUUGGCGGCUCUUCUCCAACGAACGAUACCUCUCGUUGAGCCCGGCGAGAGUGAGCUCGCCUUUUGAGCGGCCACGUACGCACCCUCGGUAUCACCGCUUCGCGUGGGGCGACUACGGCGCGCUGAGCUACACUUGGGGAGACCAGACGGUCAGGGUGCCGAUCAUCAUGAACGGCCAAGUUGUGCUCGUCGGCCAGAGCCUGGAAGCGGCGCUUCGAGCCUUGUCUUCCGACCCGGACUAUAUCGAUGGUCUCAAAAUCUGGGCCGAUGCGAUCUGCAUCAAUCAAAAGGACAUGAACGAGCGGAGCCGUCAAGUCAAGCGGAUGCGCAUGGUGUACGGCAAGGCGCUCAUAGUUUCCAUAUGGCUGGGCUCGGUUCCGGACGCAGCCAUACCCGACAUGGCCCAGCUUCAUGAUAUGGUUCUCAAGUCAACAGACAAAGACGCAGCGUCCGAAGUGCUGGAAGCGGCGUUGACCGAUCCGGAUAAGAAGCAGGCCAUCAAGCGCGCCGUCGAUGUGGUCGUCAAGAAAUCGUACUGGUCCCGGGUCUGGGUGAUUCAGGAGAAGUGCCUGGGGCCGUUCAACCCUUCCAUCCUGUUCGGGACGUUCCGCAUGGGACUGAUACCGCUUCACAAUUUUCUGCAGGCAGCAUCGAACAUCAAUGGCGCCGUCAGAGCUCGCGAGAAGGCCUGGCGUGUUUUGAAGCUGGUCGAGUUGGUCACCGCCAAUCAAGAGCGUGUUCGCCGCGGCUACGCACAAACGGAUUCGGAGCGUAGAAAGGACCAAGACGAGCUUGGGUUACUCUUAACGAUUGGCAGGAUGGCCGGCUCCCUUGAUCUGAGAGACCGCCUCUAUGGGUUGAUGGGUAUGAUACCCGAAUAUGUCGCACAACACAUCGAACCCGACUACGCGAAAGAGGUUGAGGACGUGUUCUGCGACUUUGCCAAGGCUCUCAUAACUGGUUUCAAAUCGUUCGAUGUUGUCCUCACUGGCACAAAGGAAUCGACGCUCAAGCUUCCGACAUGGGUGCCGGACCUGACUUCACCUUGGGAUCCUUAUCUCUGGGGUUCAGAUUGUGACGCUAGUUGGGGUCAGAAGGCCGAGUUCAGACUAGAGACGGGUGAAAGAACUCUGGUCACCAACGGCUACCUUGUCGACGUUGUUGAUGGAACAGCGCCCUUCCUGGGGUGGGAACACGGAGAGCUUAAGAUUUGGCAAUCCGCCGUUCAGCCGACUUGCACGAUAAUGCCAGACAAUCCGAAGGAAGCGAUCCUACGGAGUCUACACCGAGCUGCCAUCUACGACUGCUCUACGGGGAGCACUGUUCUCGACAUACCCUGGCUCGAAAACCUCAAGCCCGACGAUCCGGAUGUUAUGGCUCUAGAAAAGCGCGGUUGGGGCAAAGUCCUCAAACACGCCAACCUCAACGACCUCACCCAGUUCCGGAAGCAGGUCAACGCGCACUUCCGACCCUGGGGCCGGGACCUGAAGUCGUUUUUUCCCAGCGUCGAAGAGGCUGGCGCAUGCAGAGACCCGAGAGCGUUUUUGGAGUCUCUCGACAGGCACGUCGGCAUCGUCUACCCCGUGUUCACGACCGCUGGGGGGCUUUUCGGAACAGCGAUACUCCAAGCGCUGCGGAAGGGGGAUUCCAUUUUCGUGAUACCCGGGUGUUCGGCGCCGAUCAUCAUGCGGAAGCAGGAGAGCCAGUGGCAAGUCGUCACACAAUGCUUUGUUGAUGGCCUUAUGCGUGGAGAAACGAAGAAUAGAGUGGAGAACGGGACUUGCAAGCUUGAUGAGCUUCGGAUUGUGUAA